UCUUUCACCCGGAAGACAUGGGUCACAAGUAAAAGUAGGGUAGAUCCAAAUAAUGAAUUAAAUAAUUUAAAUAGCCUCUGAUCUCAUAAUAGUAUUAAUAAUAGAUCUAGACCUAGACUAGAUAUUAAAUGGUUACAGAAUAGGUUACAGAUUAAGUCCGUUUAAAGCUGGAAAAGAACGCAUUUUUAUAUAAAAGAACAUCAUGAUUUUCCUACCUCCUGCAUUAGACAAAGAUGAAAUUCCUAUUUUGUUUCAUGAACCAUACGUGCUCACUGGUUUCAGGCCUUUACAUUAUCCAUGGACUUCAUAUCUUCUAAGCAUAUUUCAGUGGCAUAAUGAACUUUUAAACAUCUGGACCCACCUUCUUGCCCUCAUCAUGGUGCUUAUAAGAGCAAGUGUUUGGUCGACUGAGUUCAGUCUGCUCUCUGACCCCUUCAUGUGGCCUUUGUCUGUAGGCAUCAUCACCAUGAUUAUCCUAUAUAUUUGUAGUUCAGGUGCUCAUUGCCUGCAAAAUAGGUCUGAGGUAGUUCACUACACCUGCUUUAUGUGUGAUUAUGCUGGCAUAGGUCUGUAUGGGUUUGGUAGCACAAUGUUGCAUUAUUGGUACUGUCUUCAUGAGGACUUACUUGGAUCUUUCUCUCAUCAGUUUGCUAUACCUGUUGGAGCCGUUCUUGCUGUAAUCGUAUGUAUUUGUUGCACAAUCUCAAAGACAAAGUACAAACGACCAUAUCCUUUCAUUCGUAGAGUCUGGCAGAUGUCUUCUGUUUUUGCUAUUUAUGUUUGGCUCAUAUUUCCUAUUUGGUAUAGAAUUUGGAUGUACUACCAUGAUGGGAAAUGGUCUUCCAGUUUUAAAAACCACAUACAACAGAUGCUUUGGUUUACUGUUGGGGGAUUUUUCUUUGGCUCAGAUGUCCCUCAAAGAUUUUGUCCAGGUCUAUUUGAUAUUAUCGGUCAUAGCCAUCAGAUAUUCCACAUGUGUAUUUUUAUGACAACUUAUGAACAAAUGAAUGCAUUGUACUUAGAGCUUACAGAUGACACUGUCAUCAUCCACAAGAUGGAGGAACCCACUUUAUUCAACACCUGGGGAAUGCUGGCAAUGGUAAUAGUAGCCAAUAUCUUUGUGGUCUACUACUUCCAUUGUUCUGUCAACAACAGACUGGAGCAAGAGAAAGAACAAAACUUGGACGUGAAAAAUAACAAGCACAUGACAGAAAAUGGAGGUAGUUGCUUACAUCAGGAAAACAUACAGAAAAGUCUAGUCUCUAAAUGUAAAGAUAAAACACAAUAAAUUGUUGGUUUUUAUUUGAAAAUCAAAAUAGAUAUUGUCAUUUAGAACAAUGCUGGCUUCAUCUUUAAUUAGUCAUGUCUAAUACUGUAUGCCAUUGUACAUACUUAGUGCUUUCUAUAAUCUUGCCUGUCUAUAUUUUCUACUAAAUGUUGCAGUUGCUUCUUUAUGAAAGUGGCAAUUUUAUUCGCUAGUCAAAAAAAAAGUAAAAAUGAAUAGAUUUAAACAUUCUUCAAACUCCACAGCCAUUGAUUGCUUUUCAAUAACUGUCUUACCUUGAAUAUAUUUCUUGUCCUUAAGCUGUUAUAGAUCAUGUUGGUUGGAUCCUACUUGCUUUUUUCAGUCUUGGUUUUAUUUUGUUCAGGUCUUUAUAUCAAUGGUCUUCCUAAUUUUUUUAGAAAGUUGAAUGAAAGUGUAUUGUGUCUAAAACUUUUUAUAUAUCUUUUAUCAUGACAAUCAAUUCAACAAAAAUAAUUUUCUGCUUUGUUGUACAUUUGUACCAGUUUUAUAAUUUAGUCUCUACAUAAAGUAGCUUCUGAGUGUAUCACUAGUGUGUAACAAGACCACCAUCUUAUUUUCAUUCAGUGCCAUAUUUAUUGAAAUCUCUUCAAGAAUGUUCCUUUCAAAGAUUUCAUUCAAUGAGAUGUUCAAAUAUAAUUGAAAGGAAACAAUAAUCCUGGUGAAAUAAUCAUUUGAAGAGACAACUUGAAAAGCUUCCAUUUAGUAACAUAGCAUUAGAUACUUAAUUAGAUAAGCAUUGACAACAGUAAAUAAAGACAGCUUUGAUUUAAAAUGCAGUUGUUUGAUAACUAAACAAAAACGCAGAGUUAACAUGCAGGUAUGCCAAGAUAGACAAAAGCUGAUCUGGCACAAGAUAGACAAAAGCUGAUCUGGCACAUUUUUCUCCUCUUGAUCAACCUUCCCCUAACACAGAGAUUACUCCAAGACUUCAACCUUUUGCAAACAUUCAAAUAUGUUUUUGGUAGCUUAAAAUCUGCUCGAUACACUCAGACUGUCAACAACAGUAUAAAAUUUAGCUCUUGUGAUAGGAAGGGAGAGUAAUCCUUACAGGAUUACCAGACGACAUGGCCUAAAUUGUGCCAAAAACUCAAACUGUCAACAACAAAGAAAAACAUGUCACCCAUUUUUGUUUCUAGGGAGUGGAUAACAUUAAUUUAGUCCGGCAGAAUGGUUAUGAUGUUCAGCCUAAUCUUCUAUUCAAUUGUCAAUAACAUGAAUUUCAAGCACAGGGCUAAUUUACUUUUCAUUAUACCAUAACUGGCUGCUCAUUUUUACUACUGCAUAUAAUCUUCACUAAUUUAGAUGCAGCUAAGAGGAUAUACCUGAAUUUAAUUUGUUGAACCUUGAGUUUUUGUUAUCAUUGUUUUUCUGUACAUUAAACUUCAUUUAAAGUGAAAAAAAAAUGUUUUAGUGAACAAUUAGUUAUCUAGGGUAAUUAGUCUAGCUUUUAUUUAAAAUUUUUUUUAUUUUUAUAAACUCACUCCAAACGACAUAAUUCGUUAUGAAUAGUUGAGUGAUGUCACUGACGUAUAUAUCUAAUCCAUUUGAUGAAAUGAAUCAGUGUAACCUAAAAUCCAUUUUUGUUACUUGUAGCUUCAAGUAAAUUGUUGUAUAGCUGUGCAAUAAUUGUGCAAGUUGAUUAUAAAAGCUUUCAAGUGCAAUGUGUGAUGAAAAAAAAGUAAUUUUUUUUGUAACAAAUUUACUCAUAUAUAAUUCUAUUUAAAGAUAUUAAUUAAAACGUACAAUGCUCAGUGGAUCCUCAAUUUGUAUCUUCCGUCAAUAUGUUGUUGUUUUUUUUCUGUUAAUUCUUUGAAAAUAUUAGAUAUUCCUCCUGUCAAUCUGUCUUUUUACUUACCCAUUUGUGAGUUCCUGAGAACCAAGCUUCUUUUCAUAUUAUCUUUCAAGCUCUGGAUAUCAAAAAUCAAAAUUUACAUUAUCGAUCUCUCACUCACUCUGUCUCUUUCUAUGGAAGUAAAAAAUAUUUUCUAAUAAAAUUCUUAAUCAGCAUCAAUUAACUUUGGGCUUAUUAUAAGCAUAGACCUAUUUUUUACUUGCCUUGUUCAUGUUUAUUCCAAUUUUUUAUGUGAAACCUAACUGAUUCAAUGUAAACACAUGGGAGCAGACAUUUGCAAUGGCUAAACAUGAGGUAUGAUUACAGUUGGUUGGUUAUUUUUAGAUUCUUUUUUUUUUUCUGAAAUAGGAAGUACCAAAAAAGGCAAAUUUUAGAAAUUACAAAUAAAAAGCAUUACAAGGGUCUUGCAGUGUUACAGGUGAAUAAUAUUUUGUAAGCUUUUUCCUCCAGCUGAGUAACUUGUUUAAUGUAGUAAAGUCUUAAGGCACAAACACAUUUUUAUCCAGACAAAAUACUCAGCAUUUUCUAAGCAUCAUUUUCUGACAUUAUUUUGUGACAUCUUGCAAGAAGCUGAUAACACUAACGGAACUCUGUUCACUAACAACUUUUUGGAUGUUAUUUUGUCCACCCAACAAUGUAUUUUGAGCAUUUAUAUAUAUUCUUGAGUAGGCAAUACAAGAAAUUGAUAAAUAUUUGCAAAAACUUCGAUUUAGUUGCAAGGAUGUUGUUUUUAUUGGUUUGUAGGCAGAUGUAAUGCUAGUACACUCACCAUACUGACAUAAGAGUCAUAUUGACUGACACAAUUGGAUAAUUUGUCAAGGUACAUAUACCUGGAAUGUUGUACAUUCAAUCCUUUUGAUGUAGCCAAGAUAAAAGUUUGAUCUGUCUGACAUGUCAAGAUCAAAUCAGUUUUCAGAACAGGUUCAAUUUGAUGUGUAAUACUAGGAGGAACAAAUGAUUGAAAAAAUAAUAACAUUAAAAUAUAUGUAUAAAUUAGACAUACAAAAUUGUGUUGGGCACAUUCUUCAUUAACCUAGAUCUGUAUGAAUACAGUACCCGGUAAUCCAAAUUACAACAGCAAGCAACUAGUUUCUUUGAAAUGAAGCUGAUAUGUAAUCUCCAUGAAUUUAAAUUGUAUAUUUAUCGCAGUUCAAAACAAUAAAUAUUUUUACACAUUUUCCAUCUUAAAAUUAUAAGAAGCUGUUUUCCUUUCAACCAAUAAGUGAACCAAAAGUUGUUUUUUACAAUGAACAAGUUUGUCAUGUCAUUAAGCUUCAAGGAGUUGACAUUGAAUCGUUAUCAUGCUUUCAAAGCAUCUCAUUGAAAGCAAAACAUUUUUGCACAGAGAUCUAGUUGAUAUACAAAAGAUUUUUGUUCAGCUAGUGACUGGUUUGGUUGGACUUUUAUUCCCUUGUGAUAUUCUUCAUGUUUUUGUGACUGAUACAUAUCGAGGUUCUACUGUAAUUAUUCUAAUUAUGUUUUGUGUUUAAGAGUUUUGUUUAUACUUUAGUGUUUGAUGUUAUGUCUAAGAAAGUCUUUAUGUACUUAAUAUUGCCACUUACAUUGAGACAUUAAUUCUUUUGGUUUAUUUCUUUUAAUAAAACAUUAAUUUUUCAACUGCCUCACAUAAGUUAAUACAAGUGUAUUGGGUUAGGUUUUCUAAACAAAACUGAUUUUGAAUGAGGGUAAAAUUAGUUGUUUGGUGUGUUUUUUUUAGGAGAAACCAUACAAUUGAAAAUAAUUUUUUUUUUUAAAUUAUCAAUGUUGUAAGAUAUUUUAUUCAAGUAAUAAAACUUUGAUAUGGACCCAUUUGUAAACCAGUUUUCCAUUUGAAUGUCUGCUGCAUCUAAAGAGUUGUGGCCUCAAAAUAUCAUUGGAGGUCCAAGACCAGAAAUUAUAAUAAAUUUAUCAUGUAAUCAUUUAUUUUGUUGUAAUUGCUAUGACAGAGGUAUACAAGCUCAUUUUUGUUUUUUGAAUCCUUUAGAUAAUUUUUAGAACCAAUUUCUGAAUUGUUUACUUUUCAUUAUAAUAGAUGAAUUAAACCACCAGUAGUACACUUUUUAUUACUUCCAUUAGGAGCCAUAUUUGCACUACACUAGUCAAUUUGAAGAUUUUUGUAAUGUUUUUUUUUUUUCUGUAAUCCAUAUGUAUUGCAUCUAACCCAUACAUUUUGACAUUAUUAUAGGUCCUUUCAUUAUUACACACAUAUAUACUUGAAGAAAAAUUAUUACCAGACAUAAUAUAUGUAUUUAACAAAAGUUAUAUCUUGCAAUAAAGUUGAAUGAUUGAACGUUAAUGGUAACUUGCGAAGUGUGAAUUACUAUUUCUUUCUGAAAUUACAGGUACAAUUACAGUCCUGUUUCUAUUUUAGUUUCAUAAAUAUGUUAAAGCUUCAUUGUUUCUUGACUUCCAUAUAAUCUGUGAUUGCUAUUGUGUUCUGUUUUUUUUUUAUUAUUUAUUAUUUUGUAUUUAUGUAUACUUUUUUUUUAAACAUCAGCUUUUCUGCAACACAUUUUCGCACACAAAAAUAGUUAUGACAAUGUAGAAAAUUUUAAUAUGGCUUAGGUUCACUGCUAGCUAUUCACGGACAUCUUUGAAAAUAUUUAGUUAGAAUGACAUUCAUCAUGUCACUUAGCUCAGAUUUCAUAGCUUAUUGUUUCUGAACUAGUCACUGUAAAAGUAAAGGCUCAUAACUCUGAGUUGCAUUUUCAUUUCAAUUGUUUGCAGUUCAUGAAAAAGUGUCAGAUGAUGAUAUUAGUUUUUAUUUAUAAUAUUUAUGUUUGGUUAAAUAACUGUUCCUUCAAUUAUUUCCAAAUGUAACUCAGUGAAAUUUUGAUGUAAAAAAAAAAUAUGUAUGUUUUUAACUUUAACAGAAACAGCAAUUAGAUUAUUUAAUUUAUUCCCGGUGUAUCUAUCAAUCUGUUAGCAACUGCCUUGAGUUGUGAGAAUUUAUUUUAUUAAAUAAACAAGAUUACAAAAAUAAAAAUUUUACAAUUCACUUUGCAUCAUCUAGAUGUUUUCAUUCAAAUAUAAAGAAAUAAAUCUGCAGGAACACUUGGAUCCUCUGGCAUAGGAACAUCAAGCUAGACUAUUGUCAUGUGAUAUGUUGCUGUAUUGAUUUGCUUGUUACUUUACUUAAUCAUGUUAGAGUUUACUUAAUCAUGUUAAAAUUUUUGCUAGCCUAAACAAAAAAAAUUGUCUUUAGCAUUGUACUGGAAUAUCUUGCUAACAGAUUUUUGAGGUAUAUUCAAAACUGAGCAUGUUACAUUUGAGUAAUGUGUUCCUGUGUACCUAUACUAGUAGAACAUAUAUUUGUAUACCUUUAUAUUUUGUUAGUGUGCCCAGAUGGCAUGUAGGCCUAUUUACUAUUACAUGCACAAUCAAGUUGUUCAAUAAAUAAACAAGUUUGUUUUGUUUCAGUA